AUGGCAACGAAUUCAAAAUAUACGCCCGCACCCCAGCGGGACUCGCUAGACUCGCGGCCGUAUACCCAAAGCCCUCCAUCGUACCAGGCUACAUCCGGCUCAACGGGUGGCCUUCUCGACGGCCAACCCCGCUACGAAGAUGAUAACGUCCCUGAUGAUUUCAAGUUUGGAAACUCUGUCGCAGAAACAACUCUUCCCAUCCGGAUGCAAUUCAUCCGCAAGGUCUAUUUUAUCUUAUCUCUCCAGAUCCUCUUCACCACAGUCGUAAGCUGUGUUUCCUUCGUCAGCGACAGCUACCGCACCUGGAUCCAGUCACAUCCUUGGCUGGUGCUCGUCUCCGCCGUCAGCGCUCUGGCCUUCAUGGGGCCGAGCAGUAAAGUUGAGCUGGUGUACGGUGCGGUGACGGCACUCCUGUUCAGUGCCUAUGUCCUGGUGGAUACCCAGCUGAUCAUGCGCCACUACCAUGUUGAGGAGGAGAUUGCCGCAGCAAUUUCCCUGUACCUGGAUAUUGUUAACUUGUUCCUCGCCAUCCUGCGGAUCCUGAAUAGUCAAAGUAGUGACUGA